AUGGCGUCGGCAACAAUCUAUCUUACCUUCUUCUUUCUUCUACCACUUUUCAAUCAACUCACCACCGCCGUUGACGCUGCAUUGCCCGCUAAACCCGUUACUCAGAUCAACUCCAAUUCCGUUCUUGUUGCUCUUCUUGAUUCUCGUUACACCGAGCUGGCGGAGCUCGUCGAGAAGGCGCUCCUGUUGCAGACACUUGAACAGGCUGUCGCACUUCACAACAUUACCAUUUUUGCACCCAGAAAUGAAGCUUUGGAACGUGAUCUUGACCCGGAGUUCAAGCGGUUCCUUCUUGAACCACGAAAUCUUCGAUCGCUUCAGACUCUUCUCCUCCACCAUAUCGUCCCUACUCGACUUGGGGUUUCACGGUGGCCGAACGAAACCACCCGGCAUGAUACGUUAUCUGAUGACCCUUUACACCUCUCCGCCAAUUUGGAGUUUGUGAAGCUUGUUGGUUCUGCGGAGGUUGUUAGUGUGGAAGACGUCGUUCGCACCGACGGAAUUAUUCAUGGGAUUGGGAGGCUGCUGAUUCCAAAAUCCGUACAACAGGAUUUCAAUACCCGCCGAAGCUUGCGUGCCAUUUCUGCCAUUAAGCCGGAGGGAGCACCGGAAGUGGAUCCCAGGACGAACAGGUUGAAGAAACCGGCACCGCCGGUUCCUGUUGGUUCGGCCCCAGUUCUUCCGAUAUACUCCGCCAUGGCCCCUGGUCCUUCCUUGGCUCCGGCUCCUGCCCCUGGACCUGGAGGCCCCCACCACCAUUUCGACGGCGAGAGCCAGGUCAAGGAUUUCAUCCAGACGCUUCUACACUACGGCGGGUACAACGAGAUGGCUGACAUUUUGGUGAAUUUGACGAAUUUGGCAACGGAAAUGGGGAAAUUAGUGUCAGAGGGAUACGUAUUGACGGUGCUGGCACCGAACGACGAAGCGAUGGCGAAGUUGACCACCGACCAAUUGGCGGAGCCCGGUGCUCCAGAGAAGAUCAUGUACUACCAUAUCCUACCGGAGUAUCAAACGGAAGAGAGCAUGUACAAUGCGGUAAGAAGAUUCGGGAAGAUUCAGUACGACACGCUUCACGUGCCUCAUAAGGUGGUAGGUGAAGAGGCCGACGGGUCGGUUAAGUUCGGCGACGGUGAAGAAACGGCUUAUUUAUUCGAUCCGGAUAUUUAUAUUGACGGAAGAAUAUCGGUUCAGGGGAUUGAUGGGGUUUUAUUCCCGUCGCCGACGGAAACAAAUACGAAGAAGUCGACGGAGAGUGUAACAACUGUUGACCCUGUGAAGGUCGUACCAAAAUCUCGUAGAGGGAAGUUGAUGGAGGUAGCAUGCAGGAUGAUUGGGUUCAGCACAUGCCGCUAAAUCAGAUCAGCCAAAAAGGGCGUAUGGGAGUGAAAAAUAUGAAUUUUUCCAUAAGAAGGAUGGAGGGUCCCACCAAAAAGAUUUGUGUUGUUUUUGUGUGUGAUAGGGUGAGGGUGAAAAUGUGAGUUUAAAGACUGGGAUCCCAUUACCAAAUCAGAAUUUUUUUGGUGGGUAUAUAUAUAGUCAGGAAAUAAAGAUGAUGAGGUGUAUAUUGCUGGCAA